CAAGCUGGCAGGAAAAUUAUUUAAAAAAAGAUAAAAACUUUGAAUUGUUAUUUGGAAGUUUGAACAAUGAACUUUCAAUAUUAUAUUAUUUUUAUUCUAUUUUCAAUAAUUGAUUAUUCAAAUUCUUACAAAGUUUUGGUAUUCAACCCCGCUUUUGGGGCUAGUCAUUCUAAUUUUCUCGGAAAAAUCUCUGAUAUUCUCAUUGAUGCGGGCCAUGAUGUGACAAUGCUUAUUCCUAUAGCGAUGCAAGGAAAAAAACAUUUAGUUGGAUCAAAAAAAGUGAAAAAUAUUAUUCGAAUUGAUCAAGAUCCACGAAGUAUUGAAUUGUAUAAGCAAACCGGAGCUGAAGAUGUUUUGAGAAAGAAAAUUUGGAAAGUUGAAUCUGAUAUUGCGUUGUUUUUUAAAAUGGCUGGGAAUUUCAGUAAAACCUGUGGUUAUCAAUGUCAACAUGUGUUUCAGCAGACAGAAAUUCUCGAAAAAUUGAAGAAUGAGCAUUUUGAAUUGGGAAUCACCGAGUCAUUAUUUAUCUGUGGAUAUCCAUUAUUUGAUCACCUCGGUGUCAAAACUAUCAUAAAUGCAGAUUCAGUAUUAUUCAUGGACAUAGUUAAAUGCACUCUUGGUGAACCAUCAUCUUCAACUUUUUACCCAGCUCUCAUCUCACCAAUGACUGAUAAGAUGACUCUGGUUGAAAGAAUAAAAAAUGCAAUACAGAUGUUGAUUCCUGUAUAUUUUUCAAAAAUGCGAUUUGAAGAAGAAUUAAGUAUGAUAGAACCGUAUUACAAUGGAUCAAAAACAUGGGAAGAACUCUUGGAAAAUGUGGCAUUCAAUAUGGUUAAUUCAAACAGAUAUUUGGAUUAUGCAAGUCCCACUCUUCCAAAAACAGUUUUUAUUGGAGGAAUGCAAGUGAAAACAAAGAAGCAAGGAACACCAAAGUUAAACAAAGAAUGGGAUGAUUUAUUAAAUAUUCGGAAGGAAAAUGUUCUUGUUUCUUUCGGAUCAAAUGCAUUUUCAUCAGAAAUGCCAGAUGAAUUUAAAAAAUCAUUUCUCGAUGUAUUUGCAUCAAUGCCAGAAAUAACAUUUAUUUGGAAAUAUGAACAAGAAAAUUCAACAAUUGCAAUGCAUCUUUCAAAUGUGAAAAUGACUACUUGGAUGCCUCAAAGUGAUUUAUUAGCUGACAAUCGACUGAGCCUGUUUGUAACUCAUGGAGGUUUGGGAAGUUCUAUUGAACUUGCUUAUCAAGGAACGCCUGCAGUUGUUAACAUUUUCAAGAUCCCAUUGAUGGCUGAUCAGCCGAGAAACGCUCACAUGCUAACGCGUCACGGCGGAGCUAUACAACUAGACAAGACAAAUCUUGAUAAUCCACAAAUGAUUCGUGACGCAAUUAAAACUAUUUUAGAUAAUGAUAGCUAUACAGAAAACGCCAGAAAACUAGCACAGAUUUUGGAGGAUCAACCAUAUACUCCAGCCGAAGUUGUCCUAAAGCAUUGUGACUUUGCAGUAAAAUUUGGGGUAUUGGACACUUUACAGUCAGAAGGAAGAAAAUUGAAUGUAUUUCAAUUCUAUUCGUAUGAUAUUUUGGUUGUUGUUUGUUUUUUAAUCAUCACUGUUGUCGUUUUUAUCGUUUUAUAUGUGUUUCAAUGUAUUAAAAUUUGUUCAACUAUUUUCAGCAAAAAAGUUAAAAACGAAUAAUGUUCGAAAAUUAAUUCUAAUAAACAUUU